AUGGGUAAAGGUCAUAAAGAUCGAAGACGAGAAAAACGAGCUCGUGAAUCAGAAGAACUUAGUAAAGAUGAGCGUCUAUUAAACGAAGAACUUCAACAAGAAAAUGAAAAGAAAAAUGAAGAAUAUCGAUCACUUAAGAAACAAAAUGAAGAGCAAGCAAUCAACGAAAAAUCUAUUGAAACAUUAUCGGAUACAACAGAAGAUUCUGGUCGUGGAAGCAGCAUUACAACAUCAACCGACUCAUUACAACAACCGAAAUCUGAUCAACAAGACGAAUCAAUAGAGAAUAGAAUAAGAAGAUCGUUAAUAAAAGGUCUCUAUAAUAUUGGCAAUACGUGUUUUUUCAAUGUUAUCAUUCAAUCUCUUGCUCAUACUUCAUUAUUAAUUGAUUCGAUGUAUCAAACAAUAGAAUGUUUAAUAAGAGAAAAUGAAAAAAAAUAUGCAUCAACAGUAACUGUUCAAUUAAUGAAUGUUUUUGAUCAAUUUACAUCAAAUGAUCGAAAGAAACCAAGUAUUGAUCCAAAACCAUUAUUUAACUGUAUUAUUCAAAAAAUACCAUCAUAUAAAGGAUAUGAUCAACAUGAUAGCCAUGAAUUAUUUAUGAAUCUAAUGUUAAUAUUACGCGCCGAAGAAGUUCAAUUAAAACAAUUAGAACCAAGACGGCGUAUUAAUUUUGAAAAUGAUGAUAAUCUAUCGAAAAUGUUUUGUUUAAUCGGUUGUAAUGAACCAUAUACAACGUAUGAUUCAAUAUUCGGUGGUCAUUUAUUAGAUAUUAUUACUUGUCAAAAAUGCGGAAAGUCAUUAAUGAAAAUUGAACCAUUUCUUGGCUUAUUAUUACCUUUGACUGAUCGAAUAUCUCCAUCGGAAAAUUAUCGUAAUCGACGCAAACGUGAUGAUUAUACAGGCUAUAAGCCAAAAAGAGAAACAAAAAUUUUAUCAAGAAAACAACAAAAAGCAUUAAAAAAACAAGAAAAGAAAAAUAGCAAAAAAGGUACUCGGGUUGCAUCUGGUAAAAUCAAAGGUAGACAAUCACUACAAACCAAAAUUGUACAAGAACAAUUACCACUUGAAGAAACAUCUUCUGUACCGUCCACUGAAGCAACAACUAUAACUAAUGGAGAAAAUGAAACCAAAGAGUCCGUUGACACAAAAACAGAGAAUUCUAUUCAAGAAGACAAAGAACCAGAAACGGUGAAUCAAAACAAUGAUGAAGUACAAGCAACAGGAGAAGAGGAAGAAAAACAACUGAAUGGUGACGAUAGUAAUGAGAAUGAUGAUGAUGAUGAUGACAAUAAAGAAGAAGAAGAAGAAGAAGAAGAAGAACCGAAAGGACCUUUAACAAGUGUUGAAUCAACAUAUAUACUUGCUGAUAUGGUGUCAAAAUUAACACUAAUUCAUGAAACGGCAUCUUAUCCAUUACCAUUUGUUGAUGAAAGUAUUGCUCAAAAGUUCUUAGAUUGUCGUACAUCGAAAACUUCCAUAACACCAAAUGAAACAGAUGAUAUUAAGAAAUUAGAACAAUGCUUUCAAAGAUAUUUUAAAUCUGAAACACUUUCCGGAGAGAAUUCAUUUGAUUGUUAUUAUUGUCGAUCAUUAGAUAAAACGCAAAAAAAAGUAUUGACUGAAGCAAUUCGUCAAACAGUAUUUUUUCAACUACCACCAAUAUUACCAAUCUUUCUUAAACGAUUUCAAAUGUUUAAUUCGCAUAGUGAAAAAAUAAAUAAAUUUAUUGAAUUUCCUCUUCAACUUGAUCUAACGAAUCAUUGUUCAUCUCAAGUAAUAUCAACUUCAACGAUCUAUUCAUUAUAUGCAAUCAUUGAACAUUCUGGUACACUUCGUAGUGGACAUUAUAUUGCUUAUAUCAAACUAUCAGUCAAUGAUAAUGACUUAUUAAAUAAAUUCUAUUCAAAACCAAUAGACUGUUUAUUAAGAAAUUUAUUUCAAAAUUCAAUUGAUCAGCAACCCUAUAUGAAUGGUCAUGUAACUGAAACAGUGGAUCCAUCAGCUCCACCACCUGCGUGGUACCAUAUCAGUGAUAAUGAUAUACAUAAAGUUCCAGAAAGCAAGGUGCUUGCAGCUGAUGCUUAUGUGCUUUUUUAUCGAAGGAUUAAUAACGGAAGUUAA